AUGGAAGUCGAUGAGGACGUAGAUUCGUGUCCAUUUAGGUUAUUUACACGGGAGUCGUUGUUUAAUAUACAACGGCGGAUAGCAGAAGAAAAUGCUCUUAAACAGACGGAAAAGGUGGAAGCGGAGGAGUCAGAAUCCUCAGAUGAUGAGGCUGAUGAUGAACCUAGCCACCACGAACCAGAACUUAAGCCAAAUCCAAAAUUGGAAGCUGGGCGUAAAUUACCACCAACAUUGGAGGACUUUCCUAUGUCUUUGACAGGCAGGGCAGUAGAAGAUUUAGAUGAAUAUUAUCACAAUCAGUUGACAUUUGUAGUUAUUGGAAGAGAUAAAACCAUUUACAGAUUUUCAGCAACAGAUGCUUUGUUCAUACUUAGUCCAUUUAACAUCAUUAGAAGAAUAGCAAUUUUCAUCUUAGUACAUCCAUAUCCUUUUGUUUUGAUAUUUGUUUUAGUUAUGUUUACUAUCCUUGCUAAUUGUGUUUUUAUGACAACAGCGGAUAACCCUCCAGAAUAUGUUGAAUUGAUAUUUACUGGAAUAUAUACAGUAGAAGCUAUAAUGAAAAUCUUAUCUAGAGGCUUUAUCUUAAAACCAUUUACUUAUUUACGAGAACCAUGGAAUUGGCUGGAUUUCUUUGUAAUAUCUAUAGCGUAUCUGACAAUGUUUAUAAAAGAAUUAGGAAAUUUAUCAGCGUUAAGAACAUUCAGAGUGUUGAGGGCUCUGAAAACAGUAGCAGUUAUACCAGGAUUGAAAACUAUUGUUAGUGCCUUAUUGGAAGCUGUAAAACGUUUACGUGAUGUAUUGAUCCUCAGUUUAUUUGUGUUGUCAAUCUUUGCACUUAUUGGUAUGCAACUUUAUGUUGGUGCUUUAAGACAGAAAUGUGUGUACGAUUAUAGAUUGGAAAUUGGAAAAAAUGUUUCUCAUGAAGAGUUUGUAGCCUAUAUUAACAAUACAGAUUAUUGGUUCUCUCCUGAUGGUGUAGAAUAUCUAGUAUGUGGUAAUGGGUCAGGAGCUGGAGAUUGCCCUGCCAAUCAUACAUGUUUGCCAGACUUAGGAGACAAUCCAAAUUUUGGGUUUACAAGUUUUGAUAAUUUUGGUUGGGCCCUUUUAUGUGCCUUUCGCCUCAUGACCCAAGAUUAUUGGGAAAGUUUGUAUCAUUUGGUAUUAAGAGCGGAAGGUCAAACUCAUGCUCUAUAUUUUGUAUUGGUUAUAUUUAUGGGUUCAUUCUAUCUGGUGAACUUGAUAUUGGCUAUUGUUGCCAUGUCUUAUGAUGAACAACAAAGAAAAGAUAAGGAAGAUGCUGAAGAAGAAGAAGCAGAGAGAAAGCAAGUGGAGGACUGUAAAGAAUUGUUGUCACAAAUCUCAAAAAGUCCCUCAGAGGCUUCUUGGAAGAGUUUAGGGGAACAUUCAAAUACUGAAAAACUGGAAGACAAAGAAAGACUCAGUAUUACCUCUGAUCAUUCGGUUAAAAGUAGUCGACUACAACCAGUCUCCAAACACAAAAGGGCAAGUUUAAGUUUGCCUGGCUCUCCCUUUGUACUUCGGCGCGGAAGUAAAAGUAGCCACCAGGGUAGCUGGAAGAAGAAACAUGGACAUCCAGUUGAACGCCAGCCUUUAGUUCAUCAAAAUCCAGAGAGCCUUCCUCUUCCAUAUGCCGAUGAUUCAGCGGCUGUGACACCCUCUUCAGAUGAUCUAUGCAAUUUUCCUUUCCAUAAAAACUUGCCCAAUGGUCGGAGGUAUAGUUUUGCUUCUCAGACACUAAGACAUUUAGCAGAAGGCCGUUCUUCAUCUCGACGUAGUAGUUUUAAUUCCAACAUUAGCCGUAAUUCAAGAAGUAGUCGUCAUUCUGUUCAUUCACCACUGGAUCCUAACAGACAAAGUAGUAAAAUGGAGACAUUAAUGAAUUUAAAAAGGGGAAAAAGAGUGCCAGAUGUUUAUUUAGAUAAAUCUAAACUUGAAGACAAUGUAAGUGUAUCAUUGAGUAGUGCAUCUGAGGUUGAUCCUGAAAAGCGUAAAUUAUCAGCAAGCAAUGCAUUCUUGUGUCCUUCUCCUAAUGCUGCUAACAUUGAAAUGAAAGAUGUAAUGGUUUUAAAAGAGCUGAUUGAUCAUGCCUCAGGGCAUCGUAGAAGUUUUAUGAGUGAAGUCAGUAAUCAAGAAGAAAGAAUGCGAGACAAAUUAUACCGUUAUUUCUGUUCUUGGGAAGGAUUGCCAUCCUGUGAACAUUUUCAAAGAAUUGUGGGAUUGUUCAUCUUGGAUGCCUUUGUUGAUUUGUUUAUUACUAUUUGUAUUGUUGUAAAUACUGGGUUUAUGGCCAUCGAAUACUGGGAAAUGCCACAAAAUUUAAAAGAUGCUGGAACAAAUGCUAACUAUGUGUUUACAGCAAUCUUUGCUAUUGAAGCCUUUUUGAAAAUAUUAGCAUUAAGUCCAGCAACAUACUUCCGAGAUGGUUGGAAUGGUUUUGAUGCUGUAAUUGUUGUACUCAGUUUGUUAGAUUUGGGUUUGAAAGAUUUACCAGGAUUGUCUGUGUUGAGAGCUUUCAGAUUGCUUCGAGUUUUUAAAUUGGCCAAAUCCUGGCCAACCCUGAACAUGUUAAUAAGUAUUGUCGGUAGAACUAUGGGUGCUUUAGGAAAUUUAACCAUUGUACUUGGUAUAGUUGUGUUUAUAUUUGCUGUGAUGGGUCAACAAUUGUUUGCCUCAGAUUAUAAGAAGUACGAAAAUGAUCCAGAAUAUGCUCAAUAUGGUGGAAUGCCUCGAUGGAAUUUUAAUACAUUUUUACAUGCAUUUAUGAUCGUAUUUCGUGUAUUGUGUGGUGAAUGGAUUGAAUCAAUGUGGGGAUGUAUGAUGGUUUCUGGUGCAGCAUGUGUUCCAUUCUUCUUAUUAACUUAUGUAAUUGGUAACCUUGUAGUAUUGAAUCUAUUUCUUGCCUUACUAUUGAGUUCAUUUGGUACGGAAAGUUUACAGAGAUCACAAACAGAUGAUGAACCAAAUAAACUAGCUGAAGCAUUUGAUAGGUUCAAUCGCUUCUUUAACUGGAUAAAAGUUAAGAUUAUUGUCUGUCUGAAAAUUAAAUUAAGAAGAAAAACAAAGCGGCCAGCUACAACAGUUUUAUCUCCAAGUUCUUCCAGACCUGAAAUGAAUGGCAAGGAACCAUUAACAGAUGGAUUGUCCAUAACAGGUAAAUCCUGUCAUAGACUCUUAAGCUUAAGUAAAAAUUCUUUGAAGAAAGAUGAUUGUGAUUCAUCUUCAAAUUCAAGUUCCAGUACCAGUUCAUUGGUGGGAUCAACUAAAAGUAAAGUGAAAUUAGAAGUGGAGGUAGAAGGAGCUGUUAAUGAAGUGGAAAUAGUUUAUGUUAAGGAACCUGAUCCAUGUUUAUGUUCUAUAUGUUAUCAGAAAUGUGCCUGUAUCAACGUUUGGAACAAUAACCGAGUAGGAAAGUUAUGGUGGAAAUUUCGCUGCCUUAUGUUUAAGCUAACUGAACACAGAUAUUUUGAAACAUUUAUCAUAGUUAUGAUUCUAGCAAGUAGUCUAGCAUUGGCUCUAGAAGAUGUUCAUCUUGAUGAAAGACCCACUCUAAAGGCCAUACUUUACUACAUGGAUAAAUGUUUCACUGCAAUAUUCAUAGUGGAAAUGUUGAUUAAAUGGGCUGCGUUUGGUUUUAAAGUGUAUUUUACUGAUGCAUGGUGUUGGCUUGACUUCAUCAUUGUAGCUCUGUCAAUCGUAAUAUUAGCAGCUGAAAGUUGGGAAAUCGGUAAUGUUAGUGCUAUAAGAGCAUUAAGAACAUUGAGAGCAUUAAGACCUCUACGUGCUGUUUCAAGAUGGGAAGGAAUGAGAGUUGUGGUUAAUGCUUUAAUCAAAGCUAUACCUUCUAUCUGUAAUGUACUAGUGGUGUGUCUAGUAUUUUGGCUGAUUUUUGGAAUUGUCGGUGUUCAGUUGUUCUCUGGAAAAUUCCAUAAAUGUGUUGAUGAGAAUGGGGACAGACUAAAUAGAUCUGUGGUCAAGAAUCAAAGUGAAUGUUUUGCUAAAGGAUAUAAUUGGACCAACUCCCAAGUGAAUUUUGAUAAUGUGAUCAAUGCGUAUCUAGCCUUGUUUCAAGUGGCAACUUAUAAAGGAUGGGUUGAUAUUAUGAAUGAUGCCAUUGACAGUAGAGGGGAAUAUGAACAACCCUCAGAUGAAGCCAAUAUACUUUAUUAUUUAUUCUUCGUUUUAUUUAUUAUCUUUGGCUCCUUUUUUACCCUCAAUUUAUUUAUUGGUGUUAUCAUCGAAAAUUUCAAUCAACAGAAGAAAAAGGCUGGCGGAUCACUUGAAAUGUUUAUGACUGAUGAUCAGAAGAAAUACUAUAAUGCUAUGAAAAGAAUGGGCUCUAAAACCCCACAGAAAUCUAUUCCAAGACCUAAAUUAAAGAUAGCAUCAAUAUUGUUUGAUAUUACAACUAAUCAAAAGUUUGAUAUUGUGAUAAUGAUAAUUAUAAUGUUUAAUAUGUUGACAAUGACAAUGGAACAUUAUAAAAUGGAUGAAUCUUAUGAAUCAGCAUUAUCAAUAGUUAAUACUGUUUUCAUUGCAAUAUUUACUCUUGAAUGUGUUUUAAAAAUUAUUGGUUUACGACUGCACUAUUUUAAAAUUCCUUGGAAUGUUUUUGACUUUGCUGUUGUAAUUUUAUCUGUUUUAGCUUUAUCUUUAGCAGGUGUUAUGGAGAAUUUCUUCGUUUCACCAACGCUGCUUCGUGUAAUAAGAGUUUUUCGCGUUGGUCGUGUUUUGAGAUUAGUCAAAUCAGCUAAAGGAAUACGUACAUUACUUUUUUCUCUGGCUGUGUCUUUGCCUGCAUUGUUUAAUAUAGGCCUAUUGCUAAUGUUAGUUUUAUUCAUUUAUGGCAUAAUGGGUAUGAAUUUCUUUAUGAGAGCACCUCAACUCUAUGGUAUGGAUGAUGCUUUUAACUUUGACACUUUUCUCAGUAGUUUGAUUUUAUUAUUUCAAAUGUGUACAUCAGCUGGAUGGGAUGGUGUUUUGAAAUCUUUAAUAUCAGUGUGCAAUCCAGGUGAAACAUGUUUUGAAUAUACGAAAGCUUCAUUAUAUCUUGUAAGCUAUUUAAUAAUGAGUUUUUUAGUGGUGGUUAAUAUGUACAUUGCUGUUAUCUUGGAAAACUUUAGUCAAGCCACUGAAGAUGUCCAACAAGGCUUGACUCCAGAUGAUUUUGAUAUGUACUAUGAAAAGUGGGAGAAGUAUGAUCCAAAAGCUUCUGAAUUUAUAAAUUUAGAUCAGUUGUCUAGCUUUGCUGAUUUCUUGGAAGAACCAUUGAGGUUACCGAAACCCAACCAUUUUAUUCUGGUGAAAUUAGAUAUUCCUAUCUGUGAAGGUGAUAAAGUGUAUUGUCGUGAUAUACUGGAUGCAUUAACCAAGAAUUUUCUAGGAACAGCUGAUGCUCCACCAGUAGAAGACCGGGGUAAAAAAAUAGAGUAUACUCCAGUCAGUAGUACAUUAAUGAGACAAAAAGAACAUUAUGCUGCUAAAAUUAUACAGAAAGCAUAUCGUCAUUAUAAAGGUAAAUCAGAUGAUGGUUCAUAUUCCAGUGAUAAUAAUAGUGAUGAUGGGAAUGGCUUCUCUUCAAAUCCAAAAACAAAACCAAGUGAUGGUGAUUCCAAAAACUCCCAAAGUGAUAAUUUCAGUGCUGCAGAAACAGCUACAGUCAGUUCAGAUCCCAAAACUGUUGAAUUACACCCUGACAGUGAUGUUGUUGCAUCAUAA